CUGAGUUACAUUUGACUAUUUUCGUGGUUGUUCGUGAUGCUUUCAUAAAACAGUAUAUAUUUUGUGGAUGUCUCAACAGUGAAAAUGCUUUCACCAUCUUUGCAGCAUUUUAAGCCCAGAAAUUUAUGAUCAUAAAAAGAGUAAAUUCAGAGUCAAAGAAGUUGGUGUGUUCGUGCAAUGACAAUUCUCAAUGCACAAAGAAGUCAAGUACCCACAAUGAUGUGAAAGGAAACAAAAUAGGUCGAUGUUAUGUGAAAUCAGGUGGGAAAUGCUAUGCGGCCAGAGUAAUAGAUAAAGGAUCACUUGGAAAUUUCAUUCGCUUGAAAAUGUUGGAUAGUGCAAAUAGUUUCAAAAACUCAUCUCUCUCGAUGGAAAUAAAACCUGACAUUUUAAAUAAUUUUAUCCGACUCAUAUAUGGGUGCAUCGAUUCGUAUGAAAGAGUGGUACUUGCCUGCAGUAGCUAUCUCACCAAACAUGCAAUUCCACAAUCAAUUGAGUGCUGUGAUUCUGGCAAUAUGUGUAACGCUGCUCUCUUUCCAAAGUUCCACCACUACACUGAGGACCUAGAAGCGGUGGACAGUGCACUGAAACAUAUAAAGAAAACUGGUUUUUGGCAAGAAGGAGAUUUUGUUAGAGAGAAUACCGGUUUCAAGCCAAAUCUCAAUUUGGGUCCAGAUAUGUUAAUAGCUCGUUCAUCUGUCAGAAGUAUACAUAAUAAAAACCUGAUUGAAAGUAAACUGUCUAAAGAAUACUUAAUUCCUGACUCUGGGACUGCAUAUCUCUUUCAUACUGUACCAAUGGUGACAUACAGUUUAGUAUUCUUUAUACUGUCAAUUAUUCUCGCACUUGUUUGUUAUAUUUAUAAGCGUCGUAUGCAGAAGGAGGGAUGUUGUCUUUCUGAGUUUAAUAAAUGCAGUUAUGCGACAAAGCCACCAACCGUGGAAACAAUGUGCAAUGUUAACGCUAAGGACAAACAGCCAUGCAGCAAGAAUUUACAAUUAAUACAUACUACUGUAAAUAAACAUAAGCUAAAUGUAUGUCAUUGUGGUCCAAGUUUAUAUGCCUUCUCAUCUAACCAGGAUCAUGAUGCUGACUGUAACACAACCAAUAAAACAUAUUCCUCUCCAUAUUUAUUAACUCAAAGUAGCUUAAAUACCAUAGCUUCUCAGACAGGCAAUGGACAAAUCACUCUAAACACGUUUCUUGGUGAUGGGCGGAUUUCAGACGUUUGGGACGGUAUAUUCAAAGGUGAAGAAGUUACUGCUAAAGUGUUUCACCCAGGCAACCGUUUGGCGAAUAACGUCUGGUGCCGGACAAUUUCAUUACAUCGUUCAAUUCUGCUUCGACAUAAAUCAAUUCAUGGGUUAAUGUUUGCUGACUGGCUUAUUUAUCCCACCGAAACAUAUCUUUCUACUCUUAGAAAUAGCUGUCCGUAUACAACAUCGGUUGUACCUUCACCAUGUGCUUUGCUUAUCGGUGAAAAAUGCUGUUACGGUACUUUAAAAGAUCUCUUGUCAAACAAUAUUCCGGAUGUAGUUUCUCGUAAACAUCCAAUUGCUUCCGAGAACUGUGAUAUGAUGGCAUGUAUAAAUGACCAGCUUGAUACUACAACAUGUAAUUCUGAAGUUACCCGACUACGUAUACUUAUGGAGAUUGCAAAUAGUCUAGCCCAAGGACUUUGGUUUUUGCACUCAGAAUUUUCUGGUACUCGAGGAAAACCAUCUAUUGCUCAUCGAAAUCUGAAGCCAUCAAACAUAUAUAUUCGUUCUGAUUGGUCAUGUUGUAUUGGUGAUAUUGGAUAUGCUGUUCGAUCACCGCCUCCCUGUCCACUUCCUAUUCCUACAGAUCAUUUGUACAGUGUUUAUGAGCAGUAUGAGAAUUACCUGAUAAAGCAUACAGAUGUCAGUGGUAAUUCAUGUGACUUUACUGCAUCCGAAAAGCUCAGUGAUGAUCCUUUACUUAAUAAAUACUUGACAGGAACCGAGUGUAAUGCAUGCUUUCGUGAGAACUGUAGGUCUUUGGAUCAACCAUACAAUCUUCCAUUUGAAAAUGAAACUUCCAAUUCACUAUUCGAUAGGUUAGAAGUCUUAGACUGGUGGCCUAUAGGUGGACUACAUGCCGGUACACCUCGGUACCUGGCACCAGAGCUGCUAUCCAAAUCAAUCAAUCCAUUCUGCUUAGAGUCUUAUCAAAAAGCUGAUAUAUACGCGUUGGCUUUAAUUCUUUGGGAGGCUGUUAGUUGGGCAUUGCCAAAGUCUAUUUGGCCGGGUGUAGAAUCCUCAGAUGCAUCAAGCUCAUUGAACAAAUCUUCAUCCAGAAGGACUCAGUGUUCAGCUGAGGAUGAUUCAAUGAGUUUAAAUCAUCUUUUAAAUUCAUCACACGAAAGUAAAUCAUCAAAUGGCUUUCCGUAUUCAACAGUAUAUUCACCAGUUUAUCAAGAUGAAUGGUUUCAGCUAUUAAGCAGCAGACCUGAAUACAGCAGCUGUACAACUGGUGAAUCACACUGUUUGUUCAAGUCGAGAGCUUCAAUGGAUGAACAGAUGAAGAAUAAAGAGCCAGAUAUUCAGACAAUGUUCCAAUUAGUGUGUGAACAACAAUUGAGACCUCGCACACCGACACCACUUCCAGUUGAAAUGAUCAACGGAAUGAUUGCGGUACGCAGUAGUUCUCAUCCAAAUAUCUCGUCCUUUUGUGGUACUGUGACGGCAGCACACAUGCAGUUACGUAACACAAACAGUGACCAUAAUAAGAAUAACGACAAUUUGAUUACUGAGGAUAAUGAGAAGUUAACCUCUAGAAUUUACCAAGACUCAUCAUCUUCCGGUGCAUCCUCACUACAGAGUAACAAUCACACAAAUUUAAGCUUCAACUCUAAGUUACUACAUAAAUCAGAUGAAUUAGAAAUCAUCAUAAUAUUACAAAAUUUGAUCGCUAAUCAAUUUGCUCUCCUACUACCAGAAUGUUGGACAACUGAACCAGAUUCACGUUUAUCAGCAUUACGCAUUAGAAAGCGUUUACAACGUAUUUAUGAGUUAAUGAGUAAGUAAUACGGGGGGGGGGCGGAUGAAUUAUUAAAACAAAGUAUGCCAGCAUCUUAAUGAAUUGCAUUUAUUAUAGCAUUUUACUUCAUCAACCUCUUGUAUACAUUGUAUACAAUGUCAGUUUCUCCCUUUUUGUCUGAUCCUCUCUUUCUGUAUGUAGUACAGUCUUCAUGGGUGUCUCCAUUAUAUAUUAAAGACUCUGUUUGUUAAAAA